UCACACCUUCCAGAUUCUUCCAGAGAAGAGAAUAAAAAGAAACCCGUUUUGGAAAGACUUGGAAAUUUGUUUGGUACAGGGAAGAGGAAAAAUGUCAAAAGUUCACUAGAACACACUUCACGUCACAAGGGUGAGAGGUCAGGUUCUCCUCACGGGGCGCAGGCAGUCUACUGUAGGCACUUCAGAGAAGGACACGAAGCUCCUCAAGUAGAGAAACAAGUGAGAAACAUAAGUGCCCUUCCUGAGGCACAGGAAUAUAAUUUCAGUGGGGAAGUGAGACCUCUGUAUCACGAUACGAUUUCAGAAUGGAGCAGUAGGGGAGUCUCUUCUGACAGCGAGUGGUCAGCAGAUUGGAGCGGCAGCAGCGAAACCAUUAAAAACUCCUUCUGUGAGAGCAGCCUGAAUGUGGAAACGCUGGGGCUGGAGAAAGAAUCCGUCACAGAUAUAAAUAAUUCCACAACUCCAGAUUUCAUACAGAGCUUGAGAAAUCUGUCUAGUGAAGACUUAGAAAAGAGUAUCUUAAGUCACAAGCAGCUUGUGAACACGUGGGUGUCUGAGGAGCCCGGGCAUGCAAAACCAAAGGAUUUGCCAUACGAGUUGGAAUCUGCAGCGAGUGAGCACGCAUAUUCUGCUAGAGUGUUAACUGUUGAUAUCUAUCUAAGAAAAACAGAGGAGCUCCUUAAUGAACCCGUGACUCUUAAAUCGGAAGAAAAUUGCAGUGAUUUGGACACAAUGGAUAAAAAAUCUGCUAGUAAAAGAUCUGGAAAACGGAGAAAGUCUCAAUCAUCUGGCGACAUUCCAAAUGGAGAGAGAAACCAGUCUGAGAAUACUGCAAGGGAAGAAUCCGGUUUUGAGGAUGAUGCCCAUUCUGAGGUGUUUUCAGACAAGAUAAUAAACUCUGAACGGAAAGUGAGGUCUCUUCAACAGACUCCUGAAAGAAAUUCCUCUUCCUCAGGUAGCAAUCAGGACCUAAAAGUUGGAUCUGCUCACAAAGCGGCAUCUAAAGCUGAAGCUGACAAGGGCAAGCAGCAGAUCUCAAACACAGGCUCUGCGAGGAGAAGAUCAUAUAAAAAGAAUCAGUCGGAUACUGUACCCAUUUCCCCUACUGGUUUGAAGGGUCCGGUGAAAGAUUACUCUUCAAAAAGGCAACCUUUAGCAUCGCCAGAGACUAACCCAGUGACAAAAAGAACUUCAGUGGAGAAGGGAGCUAUACCUGUGGCUUUUGGGGAAGACAGUUUGGAGUCUCCCAAAGCUUCUUUGGCUGCUAAGACAGAAGACCUGGUGUUUUCUGAAGGCAGAAAUGAUACCAAGGCAGUAAAGAAUGGUAAUGGUUCAGAUGGAAGAGCUUUCUUGCAUACUGAUGGAAUUAAAAAUGGAGACCUGUGUCUGUCAGCUGAGAGACAGACAAAUUCUGAUUUAGACACCUCGAAGCUGAAGAGUUUGGAUUCUUCCCGAACAGUCAUGACAAAGAUUAGCCUUCCAGCCAAACCGAAGAACAUAGAGCUGAAUUUUAAAACACCUACGAAUCAAGACAGUUUAGAAAGUGAGCAGGACACUCUUGAAAAAUCAGUUAAUAAAACUAACAGCAACAUUGCCAACAAAAUUUCCUUGUUUGAAAACAAAUGUGCUAGCCAGAGCCAGAGACCUACUGACAUCCCUGCUUCAAAAAAUAAUGCUGUACCAAGCACAUUUGUUGGCAGAGCAAAGCUGAAAUUUGGAAAACAACCUAAAGAAAAUGAGCAGCCUGAUAAAACAUUAAAUAAGCAAAGCAGUCGCCAGAAGUUAUUUGAGAAUGGGACACUGGAGAAAGAAAGCACUGCAGAGUUCAAAGGCAAAAAUGGAGAAAUCUUUACCUCUUAUGAGGAUAUUGGGAAGACAACAGAACUUAAAGUAAAAGCUGCCAUAUCCCUUUUUAACCAAAGCAGCAAAAGUGAUGGUGGUGGUAUUUCUCUGAAGCAACCAGAAUCAGAAUUAACCACAGCAAAGAAAGAAAAUUCACCUUUUAAACUGCCUUUGCACUCACCUGUAAAAACUGAAAAUGCUAGAGAUCCUUUCUGCCAAAGAAAUUGCACAAGCUCAGAAUUCCAUAGAAAUGAAGAAAAAGUGCUGCCAAACACAGAGGCUUUAUCACCGUGCAAUGAUGAUAAAUAUCCUCUACCAUCUCAGGUGUCCAGAUCAGAAUUUAAGAAGAUGGAAAAUGGAGACAAAAUGGUAAAGCCAGGAGAUUUGAACUUUACACCACUGCAGUAUGAUGACAGUAAUCAAGACAGUGUAUUGGAGUCAGAGCACAACAACAACACACAAAAGAGCCCAGGGGAAACCUGUAAUGGAUCUGCUGAAGACGACAGCAUUUUUGAUUCCCCAUCUGACAUGAAGAAAUUUGCUGAAACAAUAAAAAACUUGGACAGCUCAGUUUGUUUACCCCAGAAAAAGAAGAGGUCAAAGCUUCCCAAGUCUCCAGCGCCCCACUUUGCAAUGCCUCCCAUUCAUGAAGACAACUUGGAGAAAGUAUUUGAUCCUAGUGUAUUUACUUUUGGUUUGGGACUGAGGAGGGAAAAAACACAGGAUCUGUUACCAGCACAACAAAUUAAAAUGCAAAGCCUGGAAACAAUAGCCAAAGUCAGGCCCAAGCGUGCAUCAGCAGAGCAAAGUAUUAUAUUCAAAGCUCUGCAGCCAUGUCGAGAGGAACCUGUCUUUGCUCAGGAAAUAAAUGGGAAAGAGAACAUUGACUGUACAGAUAGUGAAAUUAAGAGAUCACGGCUUGAAAAAAGCUCCCUCUUCUCAAGCUUGCUGUCUUCUAAAGAAAAGUUUUUUGGCUCUUCUGUCGCUUCAGUAAAUAACACAACAGCUUUUGCAACUGACUCCUCGGGGAUGCCUCCUUUACAACAGGAUGUUUCUGGGCCAUUCAUCAUGCCUCAAAAAUCUGAGUCUCUUUCAGAUGUGAAGUUUCCAAGUUUUGUGGAGAAGUACCUGCAAGCAGAUAGUGCCAAAAAAGAACUAAGUUUACAAAUGCCCAACUAUGGCAAUCCUGAGAAAAGUUUUUCGAGCUGGUUAGGAACAAGCAGAUACGAAUCAAAUGUCCCCCCUGGUUUAUUAGAUGUGGAUACACUUCCAAGAAAUGGACAAAGUAAAAUCAAUCCCAGACCUGGCAAGCUGGUGAUAUACUGUGACUCAGAGUGUCAGAAAGCUGGCAUUGAAGUUUUCCAUGAUGUUCCAGAUUGCAGUUCUUGGGUUCUGUCACCAACAAUUUUAGUUAAAGUCAUCAGAGGAUGCUGGAUACUCUAUGAAAAACCAAAUUUUGAAGGCCCCUCUAUUCCAUUGGAAGAAGGAGAGUUGGAACUCACAGAUAUUUGGGGUGCAGGUGCUUCUGAAGAGCAAAGUGACUGCACAUCUCAAAAGCCUGCAGUAAUUGGUUCAAUAAAACAUGUUGUUAAGGAUUACAGGGUUUGCCGAAUUGAUUUGUAUACAGAGCCUGAAGGGUUAGGAAUCGUGACUUCCUUUUUUGAUGACACUGAAGAAACAGGGGUGUUUGGAACCACUCAGAAGACUUGUUCUAUUAAAGUGCAUUGGGGCAUAUGGCUUCUUUAUGAAGAACCUGGUUUCCAGGGAGUCCCUUUAAUGUUGGAGCCCGGUGAAUAUCCUAAUUUAUUAUUCUGGGAGAAGAAGGAAGCCUACAUUAGGUCCAUGAGACCCUUGAAAAUGGGUGGUCGCAAAGUUGAAUCCAGUGGGGAGCCAAAGGUAAUUGUUUAUGAGAAGCCUUUCUUUGAAGGAAAGCAUGUGGAAAUAGAAUCGGAGGUCUUUAUGCUUGAUGACAAAGAAUCAGAAGACAAGACAAGACUUCCACUUACAUCAGUGGGAUCCAUGAAAGUACUGGGAGGAGUCUGGGUUGCUUACGAGAAGCCUGGGUUUGAAGGCCACCAGUACCUGCUGGAAGAAGGAGCGUAUCGGGAUUGGGCAGACUGGGGUGGCUACGAUGAGGAGGUGCAGUCCCUGCGACCAAUUGUUGGUGACUUCACAAGCUCCCAUAUGAUAAUGUACAGUGAAAAAGACUUUGGAUCAAAGGGUUCCAAUAUCAACGUGUUAGGUAUCAUUUCCAAUUUGAAAGACACUGGAUAUGGGCUGAGGACACAGUCUAUAAAUGUGCUAAGUGGCGUAUGGGUGGCUUAUGAGAAUCCUGAGUUUACGGGGGAGCAGUAUAUACUGGCUAAAGGGCUGUAUCCCAGCAUUGAGGCAUGGGGGGGAAAGAAUUGCAAAAUAUCUUCAGUUCAACCCAUUGUUAUGGAUAUUGUUGGAAGCGAAAGGGGUAAAGUCAAGGUCCAGUUAUUUUCAGAGCCUGAAUUCAAGGGUAACUGCCAAAUAUUUGAAAAAAACACAAGAUGUAUUGAUUCAUUUGCUGUGAAGUCUUCAAAAAUUUUAGAUGGCAGCUGCAUAGUGUAUGACCAGGAGGAAUUCGCCGGUAACCAGUAUGUGUUAGAAGAAGGGAUCUAUCCUGAUCUGACAGCAAUGGGUUGUUCACCCCAAGCAGUUCUAAAAUCUUUACAGAUCAUAAAUAUUGAGCUGUCUGAGCCCUGCAUAGCUCUUUUUGAAAAGAUGGGUUUCCAAGGAAAGAAAAUCGAGUUCAGUACAGAAAUCUUAAAUCUUCAGUUCCUGGGAUACAAUCCUCGCAUAGCUUCAGUUCAAGUCCUUGGUGGCAUAUGGAUAAUUUAUGAACACAGUAAUUACAGGGGACGUCAGAUGAUGUUAACACCAAACGAAAUUCCAGAUUGGUACAAAGCCAGUGGCUUUUGUCAGAUAGGUUCUCUGAGACCUUUACUGCAGAAACGUGUGUACUUCAGGCUUCGAAACAAGGAAACAGGAAAGUUCAUGUCAGCUGAUGGCAACCUAGAUAAUCUGAAUCUUCUCAGAAUACAGGUUGCAGAAGAUACAGACUCGGAUGAUCAAAUCUGGGUUUAUCAGGAUGGAUUCAUAAGGUGUCGGAUGGCAGAGGAUUGCUGCUUGACAAUUGUUGGAAAUCUUAUAACUCCUGGCUCUAAACUCGGUCUGUCAUUUGAACGGAAUGAAGACAAACAAUAUUGGCAUAUUAGUCCCGAUGGCAGAAUUUAUAGCAAGAUGAAACCCAAGCUGGUUUUAGAUAUCAAAGGAGGCACUCAGUAUGACUGUGACCACGUUGUUGUCAACGCAGUCAAUGAAGAAAAGUUAACGCAGUGUUGGGAACCACUGGUUGUAUAAACCCAGUGAAGCAAGGAUGAUGUUUGGAUUGGCCACUGUUCUGGACGUUGGAAUUGGCACUGCCAUCUCUGAACGAUACAGGAUCAACGAUGAGAGUUUUGUCUUUUCUUCACAAUCUUAAAAGAACAAGCAACAGAAUUAUUUCACCUCCCUAUCCAAGAUUAUUUCCCCUAUAAAAGCUUGAGUAUCUGAAAACCUUCCUUUUUUUUUUGUUUUUUUUUUUUUUUUUGUUUUUGUUUUUAAAUCCUUACAAUUCAGUGUUGGACAGAGAUUUGGCAGUAUGCCUCAGGCUAGAAAGGAACAACUGAGGGAGACCCCGUGGGGAGAGACCCCAUGGAGUUACAAAAACCCAGAAUAGUCAGUAAGUGUAACUUAUUUUAUAAAAGACAGGAGAGCAGUGUGUAUGUGGGUAUAGCAACUUGGAGCUAUGGGCUGUGGUAUAGAGAAAUACUCACUACAGGAAAUUAAUAUAUUUGGUUCACUGGAACAAACUUAUGUUUACUGAAAGUUUAAAGACUGCUAGUACAGCACAUCCAAAGAUAUGUUAACAUGUGGCUUCAAGUAUAGUUAGUAUGCUAAUAUAGUAAAUCCUAAAUUAAGAAAAAAUCUAGAUUUUCUCAUGUGUAGAGGAUGUAAAGUAGCAGAUAUUUUGUUAGAAAAAGAGAAGGCUGGCAAAAGGAUGCAUUGGAAUUUGAAGAAUUUGCCCAUUUUCUAGGUUGCCUGACUUCUUGAGUUGUGGGUAUUUUUCUUCUUUGCCAAGACAUUUGUACCUUCUAAAACAGUUUCAGUAAGUAGAAUCUUACUGAACUCCAAAAUUGUAUAGGAAAUAAGAAUUCUUAGGGAAAGAAUUGCUGCAGAUGACUAUAACAGCCUGUAAGCACCGUGGUUAUUGAGUUUUCCAGCCUGUUGGGCUUACCAACAUGGAGAAUGCCCAACUCCCCAAUAUUUCUGGAGCAGUUGAAAAGCUAUGAUAGUGGUGGGCUCCUGGUUCCCUGUUGGACAGAAGUGUCAGACUCUUCUAGGAAGGGGCACAGCCAAGCCUGGAUCCAUGCUCAGCCAUGAGGGCUGUGCCCAUUCCAAGCAAGUGUUACUGGUUUAGUAAAGAGCUUGUGGGAUGUUCUGAUGGCUGCAGGAGGUCCUUCUGUUGCUCUGCUUUGAACCUGGUCAUGUUAGUUUUCCUUAAUGAUGUUGGCAAAAAGGUAAAAUACAAACUCUGGCACUAUGCUGCUGUGUUUUGUUCUGGCUUAGACCAGUGUUACUACAAGCUGCUCUGAGGAGCAUCCAGGCCUUUGUCUUGCAUAGUAAAUCUGUUUAAAAUUAACAUUUUCAUUACUAAUGUAUUGCCUCAAAGGAUACUGGUGCUUUUGCUGUUAGCACCCUAGAGGAAGUGCCUUACUAAUUUUCUUCCUUUUGUAAAGAAGCACUGAAGUUUUGUUGCUCUGAAAUGUGCUGCUUUUAGUCCUUAAUAGAAAAUAUGAUGUUACUGGUUCCAAACAGUGGUACUUUGUCAUAUUGAUGUGCUCUUGCUAUAUAUAAUAUAGCAUUUUACAAAUAAAUUUAAGUUAGGUAAUGUUUUACUGAAAUCAUUUUUAAAAGUAGAAAAAUUACAUUUUAUGGUUAGUUUUGCUUUCAUCUUGUGCCCAUCUCUGUCCAUAAUUCCUCUGCCACAGCCAGCCCCUGAGUGAAUACUUGGUGUGGAGUAGCUGCAGGCUCUGAGGAAUGGGUGGUUCUUCUAUACAAGAAGAAUCUUCUGCACAUGUUUGUACAGGUGUUGUAUAAGCACUUGUGCACAGAGCCACCAUUCACACAGCUGCCACUUCUGUGCCCUGGUGGAAGCAUUGCAUGACAUGGGUUGUGCAUCACCACAGCUGCACUGCAGUAAAUGGACAGCUCUCACUUAAGAAGUUGCCACUUUCCUUCAAUCCACCUGCAUAAUUGCAGGGGAAGUUACUCCAUAGCCCAUCUGGCAAAAUGGCAAGUUGAGGAACAGCCCACCAGACACUUCACCAGCAUUGAUGAGACACAGUAGGAACAGGGACACAAAAUCAUGUCUACCCUACCUGCACAAACCCUGCAGUCAGCUGAAUCUGGGCCAGGAGUUGGGCAAUUAGAAUAAUUAUCAGGUACAGAUUGAUUUUGUUCCAUGCUUCUAUUUAGAUUAGCUGUGUCAUGAGAGAGUUGACACAACAGAUUGAAGUAUCAGUCUUGAGACAGUGAUGUGACCAUUUAGUUCUAAGAAUGAAAUAGCUUGAGUAAUAAUCUGCAUUAGUGAAGGUAAACAGAAGUAGGAAAACCAAGGAAAAACAUCACAGGUUUCUAUAGACAAGUAGGUAAGAGUGUGCCUCACGAUUUCAGGACUUACACCUGAAAAACAAAAGCUCCAAGAUAUAGAAAAGGAAAAUGCUGCAGACUGUUCCUCUUAUCCCAAGAGUGAGGAGUGUUCUGCAAAAUUCACAACUACAUUUUUAAUAUGGUUUUCAGGCAGAAAUGCUUAAGAGGCAUUAGUAUGUCUUGUCUGCUUAAUAACAGGCAGCGUAUGAAGGAAUCAGAGCCUUUUCUAAAACAAGAUUUAUAAGUUAUGCAGCCUGUAUGAGGUUUUAAAAAAGAAACACUCACUGAAUACCAAUUCAUGUUCAAGGACUGAC